AAUAUAUAGUGAUAGUUCGUAUACAAUUUAAAAUGUAUGUAGUUUAAGCGAUGAUUUCGGCCUAAAUAAUUGCCGUGUUGCAACAAACAUGUUGUUUUUGAAGGCGUUACAAACGUGUGAGUUUGUCAGCUAUGAUGUUUGAUGCCACUUGCAGGCUGGUUCAUUGUGGAAUCGGGAACAACGUACGUUUUAAAAUUUUUGGCGGAAAAUUAAAUUGGUCAGUUGAAUACCAAUCUAAAAUCUCUUCAAGAACAUGCAGUCCUUUUUUUCCCAGAGCAGAUUAUAAUUUUACAAUAUGCUCUGUACCAUUAUAUAUUAAAAUAAUAAACUAAUCUUAUAACUGCCAAGACUCUACUUUUUCAUUACGCUUUUUAGACCCUUAUUCAGAAAGAUUUACACUACCGGUACUAAUAAAGAUUGAAAAAUGAGUAAAGAGGCACAGAUGAGAGCAACAAUAAACCAGAAGCUAAUUGAAAUGGGAGAAAGAGAACGCCUAAAAGAGUUGCUUAGAGCCAAACUUAUUGAAUGUGGAUGGAAGGACCAGUUGAAAGCACACUGUAAAGAUGUGAUCCGGGAAAAGGGAUUGGAACAUGUGACAGUUGAAGAUCUGGUUGCAGAAAUUACUCCAAAAGGCAGAGCUCUUGUUCCAGACAGUGUGAAGAAAGAACUAUUGCAGAGAAUAAAGACCUUUUUAGCCCAGCAUGCUACCCUAUGAAUGUGGCAGUAAUAAGCUUUUGUGCCAUUGUCUUUUGUUUUGAGCUGCAGUGCUCAAGCUGAAGAUUUAGAAGGUUACUCAUUUUGUUGUACUGCAACUUUGACAGUUUUUCAUAUUGCCAAUAUUUUUUUUUUCAUUAACUAUAGUACAGUAAUACAAUUUUAAUAAUAAA